AUGUUUUGUUCGCCAAUAAAUGCUUCAAAUGACUGGUCGACAUUUGAAGCACGUGAUAUUUAUCCAAUUGCUGAAAAAUGUAAUUGUGUAUUUCCGUUUAUAUACCAGAAUAACGUUUAUAAUGAUUGUACAACUGAUGGAUAUAAUGGAAAUAUACCAUGGUGCUCAUUAACAACAGAGUAUCAGGGAUUAUUUACUUAUUGUUAUGACUUUUGGAAUUCGACACUAAAAUGUCUUCCUUCAUUUAAAGUUUAUGGAAGAACUUUUACUAAAUGUGAUUAUUUAACAAGCAAUACCAAGUACAAACAAUGUAAAACAAAUAAUAGUGAUGUACCAUAUCGUUAUUGUAUAGAAGAUCAUAUUGUAAAAACUCUAAAACCUUUAUAUCAUCUGAAUGCAUGUCAUCCAGCUUAUAAAAAAUUAUAUUCGUUCCAUUCAAUGUGGUAA